AUGGAAGACAGCUUACCCCCGCUGUCGGAUGCUGCAAAGCCCAGUGUACUCAAGAGCGGAGGGGUAGCCGGGGCUUUAAACCGCCCACAAGCAGGAGAGGGAGGCCAUCAUGUCAAGAAGACAAAAUUAUUAUGCUCCGAUGCUGAUGUUAUCUUGGAGUUUACCAGGUCGCCUCCUUCUCGUUCGCGCAAUUUUGCGCAAGCGAAGUAUCGCAUGGGAGUUUCAAGCACGCUUUUGAAAGAAUCAAGCAUGUAUUUCAGAGUGAUUCUAGAUCCCGACAAGUUUCGCGAAGGGAGAGAGCUUUUUGAAAAAACAGCUCAAUUAGGCGCCAAAUGUGGAGCCGGCGGAGCGUCCAUGAAUGAUGCGGUUGCGCUCGUAGAAUUGCCUACGAUCAGUAUUGAGUUACCACUGCUGGCUGGCGUCUUUGAUAAGGCAGAUCUAGUUGAGACUUUUUUAAAAGUGUUACAGUUUUGCGGCACCAAUUCGCACAAUGACCGUCAGACAGAAGAAAUUCUCGAUCACCUUGGCAAGCAAUCGAUUUCAUUCGUGGCGAAUCUGAUCGUCUUGUCUGACAAGUUUGGCGGCCAGCAAGCGCUCAAAUGGGUUUUGGAUAUUCCGCUGAAUGGAGCUCGCAAACCCGUGGGCCAAACGCUGAUGUCCAAGACGCUACGUCGGCUCCAAGCUUCCCAAAUCGGGGACGAAGAGCGCACUCGCCAUGCCAUAUAUGUUGCCUUGCUUCUUGGGUAUAAUGACGAGGUUGCGAUUUUCACCCAUAUGCUAAUCAUUGGCGGUUCUCGAGAGUGGAUGGAUGGUAGAGAUGGAUGGGUCGGUAUUGACAGACCACUUUGGUGGCAUCUCCCCAAUGGAAUCGAAGAAGAACUCCGCUUCCGCCACCAAUCCAUUCUCGAUACAAUCACAGAUCUGCAAUCCCACUUUCUCCGCGCUUAUGGCGCCCUGCCACCGGAAUCACCACAAAUUACGGAUCCCAGUACGUCUGUACUUCUACUAAAACCACCACAGCCUGCAACAAGACUCCAAUGUCGUCGGAUGUAUGAAAAUUCCCGCGCCUGCGACUCCUUUCACCUGGGAGAAAUCAUCCGCUUUUUCAGCACACGAGCCAAAACCCUACAUCUUGAAUCCACUUUAUCAUCACAAAUGUAUGAUUCUGAUUCUGACGGCGAAGCCGAAGAACAUAUUACCCGCAGCUCUAACUCCCCUCAACCCCCAUCGCCGCCACCAACAAACAUAUCAAAUAUCCUCUCCUCCCUCCGCCAAUGCCCCGAAUACCAGAUCGACCCCAACCACGCUGGCUGCGGUCUGCGCCGCCGCCUCCUCCCAGCCCUCGACUGCCUCGCCAGCUUCACAACUAACCACAGCAAUGCCGCCGGCAUCUGCCUAGCCCAUUUCAACAACGGCAGCAACAGCGAUAAGGCCACUUGCACCGACAUCCCUCCUUCCUCGUCAUCAAUGAGGCACGCGAGUGUGGGCUCCUGGCGGAACCACAAGUUCCGAGAUGCGGUUAUGGUCGGCAUUGGAGCCGGCAAAGUGGAUUCCAUCAUGUACUCGAAUGACGGGCGCGCAAAUGAUGCGCUCGAGGGCCUGUGUACGUGUGUGCCGGAUGCGGAGCUGGCGAGGGCAGUAUUCACGUCUAGGAGCAGGGUGUGGAAUUUGUAA